GUCCGCAACCCGGUCCCGAGCCUCGCACGCACGGUCAUGGCUGCGGUGGCGCUGCCGCUGCUGCUGCUGCUGCUGGCGUCGCCCGCCGCCCCCGCGCCCUCGCAUGACCCCUUUGCCCCGCAGCUCGGGGACACGCAGAGCUGCCAGCGGCGGUGUCGCCAGCGCUACCCUGGCCCGCCGCCCGCGCAGCCUGGCCUGGAGAGCCCUUUGGACGAGUCCCCACAGAGCCUCGCUGCCCUACUCAGCGCUUGCGAGCGUGGCUGCCGGCUCUUCUCCAUUUGCCGCUUCGUGGCCCGGAGCUCCAGGCCGAAUGCCACUGAGACAGAGUGUGAAGCAGCCUGCACAGAAGCUUAUGCGAAGGCAACCGAGCAACGCGCCUGCAGCGAGGGAUGCUGGGGCCAGACCCCUGAACCUGAAUCCCAGCUGGAGCAGAAGAGAACAGCUUUGGAAGCUCCAGGUGGGACCCUCUCCUUGCUGGACUUACUCUCUACACUCUGUAAUGACCUGGUGAGCUCAGCUCAGGGCUUCGUGUCCUCCACCUGGACAUACUACCUUCAGACAGACAAUGGGAAGGUGAUGGUGUUCCAGACCCAGCCUGUGGUGGAAAGCUUUGGGUUCCAAGGCAGUCAUUUGCAGCGAGUGGAAGUGACCUGGAGGGGGUCGCACCCUGAGGCCCUGGAAGUGCAUGUGGGCCCCCUGGACAAGGUGAGGAAGGCUAAGAUCAGAGUAAAGACCAGCAAGGAAGCCAAAGUGGAGCCGGAGGAUCAGCAGGAGAAUGACUUCCUCAGCUGCAUGUCCCGGCGCUCGGGGAUGCCUCGGUGGAUACUGGCCUGCUGCCUCUUCCUGUCUGUUCUGGUGAUGCUGUGGCUGAGCUGCUCCACCCUGGUCACCGCACCAGGCCAGCACCUUAAGUUACAGCCCCUGACCCUGGAGCAACACAAGGGCUUCUUGGUGGAGCCGGAAUGGCCCUUGUACCCACCCCAGUCGCCUGCCUGGGAGGACAGUCCUCCACCCUACAAGCUGAAGCUGGACUUGACCAAGCUAUAAUCUCCCAGACUGCUAGCCUAGCUCCUAGGGCUGGGGGCUCCUCCGAAUUCUCUCACUCUGCACCCUGGAGCCCAGGGCCAGGGAGGGAACCAAUCUUGGGCGCCCCCAUCCCCACAUCUUUCCUCAUCCCCAGCAUAUCCCUCAGCACCUCUCCAGAUGUGGGACACUGCCCAGUGUGUGAGACUCGGGGUCUGCCUGGUUCCCACCCCUCCUCUGUCUUGCUUCUUUGGGGCCUUUUGUUUUUCUCACGUGGCUUUCUGAGUCUUUGAACCUGGUCUGUGUAGCCUUUUUCUUUACUCUUUGUCCUCGGAGGGACUGAGGCCUCCGGGACUCCCCUCCAAUAAGGCUUUCUCUUCUCUCUCUGGAGACCCAGCCCUAGAAAGGGGGCAGUAGGGACUCCAAAGUGGAAGGAGCUGGGAAGGAAGAGACCUUUAAAUAAAGUGAAAAAAAGACAUGA